AUGUUAGUGGAAGAAGUACCUAAAUCUACAACAACAAAUGCUUCUACAAUAUAUUUUAGUUCAUCUAUAAAUUUAACAGCCAGAUCUUUAAAUGGUAGUAAACAUCAACACGGAGAUACAGGAGAAGGACCAUUAAAUAAAAAAGGAAGAGCAAAAGUUAAUUAUAAUUUAAAUCAAUUAUUUAACGCACAAACUCUGGCAAAUAAUGAAACCAGAAAUAGUGGGCCAUCUAAAUCUGUUCAACAGAUUCAAUUGGAGAAGCUAGUUCAAAAAAGGCUAGUAGAAUUAAAUCAAGAAUCAACAACACGAGGGUUCGAAUUGCCUAAAAAUUUUAUAUACACCAGCAUUCAUUCAAUGGGUAACAAAAGAAUUGCACAAAAAUCAAGGUUAGGUAAUACACCGGCAACUAAAAGAAUAUUAUCAGCUAGAAGAAAUUUAAAUCUGUAUUUUGAAGAAGAAAGAAAUUUAAUAUCAAUAAAUACUAUACUUUCAUUAAAUUUUCAAUUUGUUGAUUUAAUUGAUUUUAAUAAUUCAAAAUCUACUACCAGAUUGGAAAGAUCAAGACCAAAACUAAGACUUUGUUGUAUUUGUGGAUUGAAAUCAAAUUAUUCAAGAUCUAAAGAGGCUAAAGACUAUUCUAAAUUGGUACAAUUUGCAAAUUUAGCAUCUGUAGGGUAUUGUGUUACAAAGGGAUUAUCAACUGGAGUUUUAAGUGACCCAAAUACUAAUUGUCCUUUGAAAGCUUGCCACAAUCCAAUAUUAAAAGAUGUGGAAAUUAUACGUAUAUUUGAUUUUAAUACAUUGAAUGAAGUUGGAACUGGGUUUUAUGCGGUUGAUCAUAAGAGGAAAACAAUCAUCUUGGUAUUUAGAGGAUCAGCAUCAAGAAGAGACUGGGUUACAGAUUUGAAUUUUUUCCCAUGUCCUUAUGAACCAAUAGUUUAUGACAAGAGUUUUAAAGAUGCUGAACCAUAUAUUCGUAAAGGAUGCGUUGAUUGUAAAGUUCAUCGUGGGUUUUAUAAUUUCUUAAAAGAUAAUUCAGGAGCAAUAAUUAGUGCAGGAGUUAAAAUGAAGGAAAAAUAUCCUUCUUACCUGUUUUUAGUGAUUGGACAUUCUUUAGGUGCAGCUUUUACCGUUAUGAGUGGGAUAGAAUUCUUAUUAUUAGGUUAUGAACCGUUAGUUGUUACUUUUGGUGGACCAAAAGUUGGUAAUGAAGAAUUUUGUAAUUUUAUGGAUAAUUUGUUUGAUACAGAAGAGGUUGUAAAACAAAUUGAUUACUGUCGUGAUUUCAAUAGAGGUUUUAUUAGAGUUGUUCAUAGACACGAUAUUGUACCUUCUUUACCACCCAUGUUUGCACAUGCUGGUUAUGAAUAUUUUAUAGAUAAAAGAGACUUACCACAUGAACCAUGUGAUUUAGAUCGACGUGGUAUGUGUCAUUCUGGACUAUUUUCCAAAAGAGAUUUUGGUUUCAAAGAAUUUAAAAUUAAACCAUCAUUAUUUUGGCCCGAAAAAUUAGGGAAAUACGAACAUACUCAUUAUUUUAAAAAAAUUACUAAUUGUCAAGAUCCAGAAUAA